CAGAUCCACGCGCGUCAUGGAGCGCACCUUCAGACAGCAGCUCUUCUUCCUCGCUCUGUGUCUGUGCGUCCUCACAGGACACUCCAGACACGUCGAGAACAACGACAUCAUUAAAGACGAAUUAUCUUCUUUUAUCAACUCUGAACUGAAGAGAGAAAUGAAUGAAGAACUGAUCUAUCGCAGACCUUUACGUUGCCUGGACAUGGUGGCAGUGGAAGGUCAGUUCACCUUCACAGCUGAGCGACCUCAGCUGAACUGUGCCGCUUUCUUCAUGGCUGAUCCCACUGAACUGAUCAGUAUUGAUUAUGACAAUGUGGACAUCGACUGCAGGGGAGGGGACUUCAUCAAGGUUUUUGAUGGCUGGGUGAUGAAAGGAGAAAGAUUUCCCAGUGUUUUUGAUCACCCGCUGCUUCUGCACGAGCGCUACAUUGACUACUGUGGCUCAGGAUCAAUAAGGAGAAACGUGCGCUCGUCCCAGAAUGUGGCCAUGGUUUUCUUCCGCAUCCACAGUGCCGGAAGCAGCUUCACCAUCACAGUCAGAAAACUCAUCAACCCUUUCCCCUGUAAUGUCAUCUCCCAGACUUCAGAGGGUAGUUACACCAUGGUGAUUCCACAGCAACACAAAAACUGCAGCUUCUCCAUCAUAUACCCAGUGGAGGUCCAGAUCUCAGAGUUCAACCUGGGGCGCUACGACAACUUUCCAAAGAGGACCAUGAGUGGAUGUGCAGAAUCUGGAGAUUACGUCCAGUUACUGGGAGGUAACGUCAUUGACACAUCCAAGCUGCUGCCUGUCACAGACUUCUGCAUGUCCUUCACUGGACGCACCAACAUGAAAAUCGGCUGUGAUAACACGGUUGUAAGAAUGGUUUCCAGUGGGAAAUUUGUCAGCCGAGUCUCGUUUAGCUACAGGCUACUGGACAACCAAGAACUCCAAACCAUCAAACUCAACAAUGUGGAGGAUUUCUGUUUCAAUGACUGACCCCAUGAGGCUCAGAAUGUGAUAAAUGUAUGAUUUGUUUUUUGAAAA